UGCCGGCGAUCGCAUCGAGCGGAAAAAGCUCCCCAAAAAUAAGGAGGCGCUCUUGAUUUCAUAAGAAAACCCUAAAAACACCAUAUAUUUUUGUAGUAAACAGUAAAAAAUAAACAAAAAAAAAAUAAAACAAAAUCAUAACAUACCAUAAAAAGAAACCAAAAUAGCUGUUAAAACAUUGCGUGUACGCAGAGAUAUCAAGAAAUCGCAGAAAGUACCUGGUAAAUGACAUCAAAGUGACUGUAAACAGCAACUGUUAAACAUUUGCCAAGUGCCGCAAGCAAGCGUAAAUAAUUUACAAUUACACGCGUCCAACUGCGCAGCAAAAUAUGCUAGUGAAAAGUGCCACUACAGCAAAAGAAGCCGCAUUUCCCAGGUCUUGGGCUGCAGUAUUAAUUUAAGCUCCGCCAAGAAAGACAGGAAAAGCCCAACAAGCAGCGGGAAAAGGUGAGCCAAGCAUGAACUAAUAUUACGGAGGAGCUCCCCAUCUUCCGAAUCUUUCCGGCUUGCUACCCUGUCGCACUCCCUUUCUGUUGAAGCGUCACGGAAGAAGCAUCGCAAAGGCAAAAUGAAUAUUGGCAUCGCAGCACAGAAAUGGGAUAAAUUGUCGCCGCGCGAAUUUUUGCAGCUGCAGGAGUUGGCUUCAUAUUCCACCCGAAAGCUGCAGGAUGUGCUGCGGGAGUUCAGCUCGCCGAGUGCCGCCACCACGCCCAAGUGCAUUCCGGAUGGGGACAUUGAUUUCGAUGGGUUCCGGCGCUUCCUGGACUCCUUCCUCGACUGCGAGGCGCCGCUGGACCUGGCCAAGCAUUUGUUUGUGUCCUUCCUCAAGCCGAAUGUCACCCAGGCCCAGCUGCAUGGCCGGGCACUUAAUCAAAUGGCCGCCAUCAGCAGCACGGCCGCCUGUGCGCCAGUCACGUCGCACACGAAGGGCUCCAUUCCGAACAUCAAUAGCAUUGCCGAGCUGAUGCCCCAGUGCAGCGGCAGCGGGGGCGGAAUCGGAGGCCCAGGGGGCGUGGCCGGCGAGGGCCACGCGCCGACCCGCAGCAGCUUUGUGGACAAAAUCCAUGGCAUCACGGAUAAAUUACACCACUCACUGGGCGGACAUCUCUCGCACGAUCCCAGCAAGACGGGCAGCGUCCAUCCAAUGCUCACCGUGACGCCGAGCCCCUUGGCCAGCGGACCCAGCAUGUUCCAGGCCAGCAAUGCGGCCCGUCGAUCCGUGGACUCGAGCCCCUCCCACUCGGCGACCAACCACUCGCAGAUGUCCCGCAACUCCUCCAAGAAGAGCAACAAUUCGGUUAAUUGCAAAAUUGAUGCUGACAUUAAGCUCCUGGCGCGAAAACUUUCCCAUUUUGAUCCGCUGACACUCAAGGUCCCCCUGAAGGACGUCGUCUGCUAUUUAUCACUGCUCGAGGCUGGCCGUCCGGAGGAUAAGCUGGAGUUCAUGUUCCGGCUGUACGACACGGACAGCAACGGAGUUCUGGACACGGCCGAAAUGGACGCCAUUGUCAACCAGAUGAUGGCCGUGGCCGAGUAUCUCGGCUGGGAUGUCAGCGAACUGCGUCCGAUACUGCAGGAGAUGAUGGUUGAAAUUGACUAUGACGCCGACGGCACAGUGUCCUUGGACGAGUGGCAGCGAGGCGGGAUGACAACCAUUCCACUGCUCGUGCUCUUAGGUGUCGACAGCACCACGCUCAAGGAGGAUGGCAUCCAUGUGUGGCGCUUGAAGCACUUCAGCAAGCCGGCGUACUGCAACCUUUGCCUCAACAUGUUGGUCGGCCUCGGCAAGAAGGGUCUCUGCUGUGUGCUGUGCAAGUACACGGUUCACGAGCGGUGCGUGCAGCACGCUCCCGCUUCCUGCAUCACCACGUACGUGAAGUCGAAGAAGCCCAAGUCCGGCGGCGACCUGCUGCACCACUGGGUGGAGGGCAACUGCUAUGGGCGAUGCUCCAAGUGCCGCAAGCGGAUAAAGGCCUACCACGGCAUUACAGGACUCACCUGCCGCUGGUGCCACAUGAUGCUCCACAACCGCUGCGCCUCGUCUGUGAAGAAGGAAUGUACUUUGGGGGAGUACGCCGAGCUGGUGGUACCGCCCACGGCCAUCUGUCCUGCUGUCCUGGAUCGCCAGCGUUCCGUCAACCAGGCGCACAAGAAAUCCCAAAUGCAUCACCACCAGGCCACCCACUUCCAAAUCACGCCGCCGGACGAGCUGAGCUGCCCGCUGCUGGUGUUUGUCAAUCCGAAGAGCGGCGGUCGCCAGGGGGAUCGCAUCCUGCGGAAGUUCCAGUACAUGCUCAAUCCGCGCCAGGUGUACGACCUAUCCAAGGGCGGCCCCAAGGAGGGACUUACGCUCUUCAAGGACCUGCCCCGCUUCAGGGUCAUCUGCUGUGGUGGCGACGGCACCGUGGGCUGGGUUCUAGAGGCCAUGGAUUCCAUCGAGCUGGCCAGUCAGCCUGCCAUUGGAGUGAUUCCGCUUGGAACGGGCAACGACUUAGCUCGCUGCCUCCGAUGGGGCGGCGGCUACGAGGGCGAGAACAUCCCUAAACUCAUGGAGAAGAUCCGGAGAGCCUCUACCGUGAUGCUGGACCGAUGGAGCAUCGAGGUCACCAACACGCCGCCCAGUGAAGACCUGCGACCAAAAGUGACGCUGCACUCGAAUAUGCAGAAGGUGAUUGAGCUGUCGCAAAGUGUUGUGGUCGACAAGUCGCUGAUGGAGCGAUUCGAGGAAAUUCAGCGCCAGAGCAAGCAGGCAGCCAGGGCCGCCUCCACCACAUCGAUUAUGAUGGCCAGCGAGACGGAAACGGAAACGGAAAUGGAGAUGGCCACGGUGGAGUUCGGCAACAGCAACAGCACCACCACACGGACGACCACCACCAAGAGCAUUUCGAUGUCCACCUUCGAAACGCAGUGCCUGCGGAAGACCCUGCGCUCCACCUUCAGCAGCAGCAGCAGCAACACGAGCAGCGGCAGUCCCUGCAACGGCAACCAGGAUGCGGAAACGGAAGCCGUUGUCGAAGCCGAAGUCCGGCCAAAAUCCUUGGCCAGGAGGUCGGACGAGACGGAGAAGCAGUCACUUGAGACGCUGCUGCUGCAGCACAAACAACAGCUGCAACAGCAGCAGCAACAGCAGCAGCAGCAGCAACAAGGAGCCGCAUCGGAUGCUGCUGAGGAAGCUGCAACAGCAACGCCAGUUGGGAAUAAUCAAAGCGAUAAUAAUAGCCAGCACAAUAAGCAAAACAACAUCCUUAAACAGCAAAUUACAUUGUCGUUGGAUUUGUCCGACCAUGAAGAAGGUGGCAAUGACGAUGGAGAUGGAGAUGGCGAUGGCAAUGGCAAUGGCAGCAACAGCAUUGCAGCAACCCCAAUCACACCCACAACACCGAACGCCUCGUCGAGUGUGCCGGCACAGCAGCAACAUCUGCAGUUCGAACAGCAGAAGCCCAUCAAAGUGCAAUGUGACAAGGACUGCACGGUGCCCUACAACAUUAUCAACAACUAUUUCUCCGUCGGCGUGGACGCCGCCAUCUGCGUCAAGUUCCACUUGGAGAGGGAGAAGAACCCGCACAAAUUCAACAGCCGCAUGAAGAACAAGCUCUGGUACUUCGAAUAUGCAACAUCCGAGACAUUUGCGGCAUCCUGCAAGAAUCUCCACGAGAGCAUCGAAAUUGUGUGCGAUGGCGUGGCUCUGGACCUGGCCAACGGACCCCAUCUGCAGGGUGUGGCCCUGCUCAACAUCCCGUACACACAUGGCGGCUCCAACCUGUGGGGCGAGCACCUGUCCCAAAAGCGGAUCCGCAAGAGCGCCGGGCCCUUCGGCAAGAGCAAGAAGCUCCGGGCGGGCGACAAGGAGUUCUCGGCCACCAGUUUCAAUUCCGCGGACCUCUCGGUGGCCAUACAAGACAUCGGAGAUCGCCUGAUCGAGGUGAUUGGCCUGGAGAACUGCCUGCACAUGGGACAGGUGAGAACCGGACUGCGAGCUUCGGGUCGCCGACUGGCCCAGUGCAGCGAGGUGAUCAUCAGGACGAAGAAAACGUUUCCUAUGCAGAUCGAUGGCGAGCCCUGGAUGCAGAUGCCCUGCACGAUCAAGGUGACCCACAAGAACCAGGUGCCGAUGCUGAUGGCGCCGCGAUCGGAGAAGGGACGCGGGUUCUUCAACUUACUGUGCAGCUGAUUCAGGCGCAGCGCAUCGAGCGACUUCAUGGGCGGAAACGCGCCCGAGUCCGCCGAUGAGCUGGAUGAUGACUUUCGGAUCGUCUCUAGGAGCACCACCGUCCAUAAUAUAGCCUAGCGUGAAUAGCUUUAGUCCUAGUCCACCCACGAUCGCAUCGAAUUGGUUUAUCCUAGGUUAAGGCUUCCCCCUUAUGAUAGUGUAGAUGUGCUAUAUGUAUUCGUAUGUUUGUAUGUAUGUCGAGUGAGUUUCAGAGCUUUAUAUUUAGUGUUAGAGUAGCCAAAUAUACAACCGAGUCAAGUCCAUUCCAAUGGGAUCCGAGUGCGGAAGCUGUAUAUACAUAGCAAUACCAGUACGAAAUCGGGGCAUCCCCGAGCCAGCGUGCGAAGGCUUUAGGUGUACAGUGCCACAGGAUAUUUUAAGAACACUUUAAAAACGAUAACAUAGCGAAAAUUGUCCAAUAAUGCAACUAAAAGGAGACCAACCAAACAACCAGAAAAACAAACCAAUACUAACAGCAUGUUAGUGCUAGUUUUUGCCUUAGGCUUAAGUAAUUUAUUCCGUCAUCGCCAGUGGCGGGUGUUGCCAUGAUCGAGAACUAAUGUCGAACCCUAGAAAGAAACAUAUCAUUGACUUUCGCUAGAGAGAUUGCUUUUGGGCAGCACUCGCCACUGAUCUACGAACUUUUAUUUUUUUUAGUACUUUAUAUUGUAUAUAGAUAAAACAAAUGUAACUUGAUAUGCAAAUGUCAACUAAAUGGUGCAGCUUUAAAUGAAAUUUUAUAUAUGAAUACAUAUAUUGAGAUGAGAUGAAUUGGAUGUUAAACAAUACCAUAGCGUGUAUAUUUCGUAAAUUCGUAUAUGUAUGCUUAGUGCCAAUAAGGUCCUCACAAACACAAUACUCAUCGAUAAAGAAAGAAAUCAAACGGGGCAAGAAAUAAACAUUGGAAGGGCCAAAAUCUACCCACCAAAAAAAGUUUUUAGAUUGAAAACCUACAUUCCAUAUGAAUUUUAAAUAACUAAACAGCACCCAAUUUUAUUUGGUGUUUUAAGAAUUUUCUUUAACGUUUGUUAACAUUUUGCCAGACCCUAUUUAAAUUUAAAAAAAAAAACAAAGCAGGAAGUAGUGCAAAUCUCAAAAGGUAAAACUAUAUAAAAAAGUCUUGUUUGUUAAAUGGUACACCCAUAAAAAUAUUAAGGUAAAUUAUUAAAUUUAAAAGUACUUAUUUAAAAUAACUAAAAAACAAUAUACCUUUUGUAGAAGGAAACUCAGAUAAUAGUUGAAAUGGAUAUACUCGCAAUUUAAUAUAUGUCCUUAUAGACAGGGAAAUCCUUAGUCCCAUUAAGUGACUAACUUGCUUGCUUGGGAAUUAAACUUAGAAAACGGCAUUUUAUAUAGUUUAGCUGAUUCAUAUCGUAGAAGUUUUUCCAGACCAAAUUAAGUUCUCGUUGUGCCAUUAUAUUCACCUAUGAACUUCCUCUAGAGAAAUUUCGUAAUACAUACACCAUUAAUCUUCUGACACGACAUCCUGUCAACAGGAAGCAAAUAAUAUCAAUGUACGUGAACGUGUAUUCUGUCGGGUUACGAUGCAAAGCCCACGUAAUAAACAUUAAAAUCAAUUUAAUUUUGCAAAUAAACAUUUUCAAUGCGAUUCCUCGGGCCCACAAGUCCUAGGUUUCGCCAGGAACAGAAGGAUUUUGUGUUGGCGCCGGGGUGCCGCUAAUGCCACACAGUAGCCAGUUAACAUUAAUUAUAAAUGAACCACUUAACAUUAGUAAAUGCAAAGCAAAGCGGAUCGACUAAGGCCAUGCUUUUGUACAGUACAAUUAGCCUUAAGCAUAUACAUACUUGUCUAAAAAUAGCUCUAUAAUUGAACAACUACUAAUUGAUAUUACCAGUUGAAUUAGGGAAGAGGACGAGUGGAACUUGCAAACUAUAUACUACGUUAGACUUACGGUAUUAAAUGCGUAGGUAGAUCAAUGUCUCCCAUAAGCGGAGUUAUAAUCAGUGUACAAAGCUUGGUUCCUUUUGUAGAUUUAUUAACGGAUUUUCUUUUACCUUGCAAUUUACAACUGAAGUGUUGCUUUAGCUGUGAAAAGUAGAAUGGUCGCUAUAUAACUUUAUCCCGUAUCUACUGUACGAUUUGGAUCUUCACUUGUGCCAAGUAUUAGAAGAAAUGAGGCUCUCGAUGUCCUCAAAUUUAGCAUAUUCGAUGUAAAGGUCAAACCACUUUAAAGUAGCGAAUUGAAUAUAAAACUGUAAAUUACAUAUGCCAUAUUAUCCACACAUGUAUACUCCUAUAACCAGUGUUUAAAACAACCACCAAUAAAUGCAACUUAUGUGUAUUCUUGA